CCACAGGACCCUAGAAGAAGUAACGCCAUUUGAGCAGAGAUCACCAGAGACGAAAUGAAAAAGCGUAAAAUUUGUACAUUUUUAACAUUUUUUACAGAAACUUCUGCCCCAGAGGAGUUGUGACCAGUCACCGACAUGCGCAGUCGGUUGCAGUUUGUCUCGUUAGCGGCUGUUAGUGGAUGAAAAACGAGCUGAAACAUGACGAAGAGUCGCCGCUGAAGCCAGAAACGGACAGAAACAUAAAUCCGUGUGAAUUAUAAUGUGAACCGGAUCAACUUCAGUGGAGUCAACCAUGCCUCUAAAGAGCAGACAGGCUGCAGUCGGGACCACAACCGACGGACUCUCUCGUCCCGAGGAUGGAGCAUUAUGUUGAAGGUGGACUACAGACGACAGACUACAGGCAGCGUCCCUCUUCCUCGACUUCCUGUGUGGAUUUCCCUCCUACAUGCUCCACAAGUCGGUUUGGACACGUAGCUUUUAGGAGCGACUGAUCGGCGUUACAAGAGACUCCCUAUCUCCGAGUCAUGUCCAGGUCCAGUCGGAGGUACAAGCCCCUGCAGCAGAGCAACGGCGGCGGGUCGUUCCCCGGCUGUGACCGGGUGCGGAUGCCCCGGGCCCGGGUGCUGCUGCUCUGUCUGUUCGGGGUCCUGGUCCUGGCGGUGGUUCUGGGGGUCUACCUGUCAAACGACACCACCGAUGGACAUGACAACCGCAUGCCGGCCGCAGAUCUGACCAAAGACCGGUUGUCCCACAAACCCAGUAAGUGCUCUCCAACCCAAAUCCGCCGCCUGGCCUCUCAGGUGGAUGGUUCUCGCCUGUGGGAGACUCACCUGCGGCCCAUCCUGAUAGAGAGGCUGCCAGGAACACAAGGCAGCCUCGCUGUACAGCAGCACAUCACCUCCACUCUGUCUUCGCUCUCUGCUGGCUGGGCCAUAGACUUCGACUCCUUCCAGUCUUCGACCCCUCGUGGCCAGGUGGCGUUCACAAACAUCGUAGCCACUCUGGACCCUUCGGCCCCUCGCAGGCUGCUCCUGGCCUGCCACUAUGACUCCAAGGCUUUGCCUCCGGACCCCCAGGCCCCGGGGAAGGUGUUUCUGGGGGCCAGUGACUCGGCAGUGCCGUGCGCUAUGAUUCUGGAGCUCGCCACCUCUCUGGACGCCCAGCUUCGAUCAUUCAAACAGCAGAAACUUCCAGUGUCUCUUCAGCUGGUGUUCUUCGAUGGGGAGGAGUCAUUUGAGGAGUGGACCGCCACGGACUCGCUGUACGGCUCCCGUCACCUGGCCGAGCGCAUGGCCAACACGCCUCACCCCGCGGGCUCCACGCACAACACCAUGCUCCAGGCUGUGGACCUCUUUGUGCUGCUAGACCUGCUCGGCGGUCCUGACCCUCUGAUUGCGAAUCACUUUGAUAACACAGCGCGCUGGUUCGACCGCCUGAUUGCUGCAGAGAAGAGACUCCACCGACAGGGUCUUCUGACGUCUCACCCCUCAGAGCAGACGUAUUUUAGGAAGGACGUCUACCUUGGACCUGUGCAGGACGACCACAUCCCCUUCCUUCACAAAGGUGUCCCUGUGCUACACGUCAUCGCCACUCCCUUCCCACAGUUCUGGCACAAGCUGGACGACACCGAGGAGAACAUGCACCGACCCACUGUGGUGAACCUGACCAAGAUCAUGGCUGUGUUUCUGGCUGAAUAUCUGGGCUUCUGAACACCAAACGCAGUAUUCGUACUGAAGAUCUCUUAUGGGUUUGUUUUGUUUUUUUUACCCCACACUGGAGUGGUAAGUGCUGUUUGUCCCACUGAUGACAAAUAAACAGCACAAAGGAACCAGCUCAAACUUUACCAAAGACUCGGCCCAUGCUGGACUGACCUCGUCUCCGUGGUUUCGUGUGAAGAACAAGGUGGAGACCCCAUGUCUAAAUGUCCCCCGGCGUGUGAUGCGUACAGAAAGAGUCUUACAUAAAAUGUUAAUAGUUGUGGAAACAUGGUACUGGAGGAAGAGUUGGGAAAGUCUGUGAAAUAAUUUUGUUUGCUUCAUUCCUGUGAAAAAACAAAACAAUAGCCGUAGCAUUUAUUGACUCCGUUAAUAUGAUCAAGAUGCACUAACGUCUUCUUAAAGACGGACUUUGUAACCAGCUGCUGUGAACACUGUUCAUACAGUGACAAAGGUGAACUACAGCCAGGUCAUAUCUGUGAAUAUUAUAUAUUAUAUUGACUUUACCUUCACUUGAGUGAUGUCCUCUCGGCCUUACAACCUGCUGUUCUUAACUCUGCUACCUAUUACUGUACGGCUAUAUACUGCACAUUUUGUGUCAGAGUGAAACCUCUUAAAAAGGUGUAAGUGAAACGUCUGCAAUAAAGUUAAAGUUUUA